ACAGCUGGCUUUGACAAAUACCAUAAAAAGGGACAAAGAACAAUAAACUCCAUCUGGAAGAAAUUUUUUUGGAUAUUUGCGAUAGAAAAAACACCACCACGAGACAGGAUUAUGAAGGGUAGAGUUUGAUAAACUUAGGUGAACCCCACACCAACAAUUGUGUCUAUUCAACCGUGUACCACAUAUAAACCUUUAGUUGUAGAUAAGCGAACUUCAUUGAAAGCAGUCGAUCAAAAUUAUAAAUUGUACAACUACUCAGUAAAAUGUAUUCCAGUGACACAGCUUGUCUGCGUUGUUAUCGUACAAUUGCACUACUUAUAAUUUUUAGUAAUGUAGUCACUGCAGUUAUUACAACAACUCAGAAUGUAUUGCAGUCUAGUAGUGGCAAUGCAGUGGAGGCGGAAGCAACAUCAUCCAAAACAAGCGAUGUACCGGUGAGUACACGCAAUGCUGAUGCAGUGCUGGCAAUGUGUCCCAGCAUGUUGAACUAUGUAUUUGACAAUGCAACGCCGCGUGAGGAGGCAAAUGCUGGCACCUUCGAAGAGUACACAUCACUAGACACAGGCAUGGGCGAAGAUGUCGAUGCGCUCUCUUGUCUAGCUGCUUGUUGUAAGAAGGCGCGCACCAAUGACACCUGUAAUUUGGUUUUUAUCUUCAAACGAAAAUGUUAUCAUGUACGAUGCGUCAGCAAUGAGGCCUGUUUGCCGAAGCAGCGGCAGCCAUCGAAGCUACGCUUACAAAUGAUGUUGGUUAGUCCAGUGCGUAAGCGUGGUGGUGAUGACGACAACAUAACUUGGAUGGACGUGAUCAAAGAAAUGAAAAAUGGUGGUGGCGGCAUUGACUUACUGCCAUCAGAGGACUCCGAGGCCGCAAUUGGUAGUGAAAGACCGUCCAAUUCAUUGAGCUUUUGGAAACAACCGCACAAAUUUCGUUACUUAGGCAGAAAUCAAGAUACGGCCUCCUACGAUGAAGAGGAUUUUCCUAUAGCUGAAAAGCGUGUAAAACAAAUGCUAAUGCCAAUAACUGAGAACAAUGAUGAUCUGUCUUUCUUUGGCACAAACUUAACACCCGAUCUAAAUAAAUACGUUACUUGCGAUUUGGAUAUAUCUGAAUUGGGUACAAACACUCGUUGUGGACCAAAGGAGGAAUGUGUGCCCGUACGACCGAAUUCGGCAACUGGUAUAUGUCAGUGCAUUGCCGGUCUAGUACGUGUACGUAAUCAUCAGCGUGAAUGUGUUCCAGCAGAAGCAACGGCGGCUGAUUAUCCUAUAAUGGAGGAAAUCGUACCACAGCGUUUCUCAAUGUCUGCUGCUGCGUCCGAACUUUUACCCACUGCUGUUGAGCAGAGUAAAUAUGAUGACGCCGAACAUAUUACAGGCACCACAGUCAAAGCAGAAAGUGAUAAAAAAUUGGUGGUUUCUGCUGUGUCAAAAGAGGUGCGAUUGCCAGAGAAAGAGGUGACGCUGGCAGCAUUCACUGUACCCGAUGAGAAUUCAAGUGGUAGCAAAUAUAAAUAUUUGUGGACGCUAAUAACACAACCCAAAGGGCCAAUGAACGGCACCAUUUCCGAUCAGAGCCAAUCAAAAGUACGACUCUCCAAUCUCUCAGAGGGUUUGUACAUCUUUAAGGUGUCUGUGACCGGUGACAAUGGCACGUAUGGUGAAGCUAUGGCCAAUGUGACAGUCCUGCCAGAAAAACGCACUAACCGUGUACCGCAAGUGAUGAUUAAGCCAAAAGAGCAAACCAUACGUCAACCGAUUACAAAUGCCAUUUUAGAUGGUAGUACAAGCACCGACGAUGAUAAAAUCGUUAGCUGGCAUUGGGAAGUGGUGCAGGGGCCCAUUGGUUAUCAACCUAAAUUGCCAGAGGUGAAUACACUACAAUUGACUGAUCUUACUUCGCCAGGAAAUUACACUUUUAAACUAACGGUAUCCGAUUCUGAUAAUGUCACGAAUUCGACAACGGCUAAUAUAACGGUGCUGAAAGGCACCGACUACCCACCGGUGGCCAAUGCAGGAGAUGCUGUAAUAUUGUACCUACCGAACAAUAAUGUAACUUUGAAUGGCACCGCAAGCACCGAUGACCACGAAAUCGUCGCCUGGGAGUGGACGAAAGAUGCGGGAGAUGACACGAAAGCUGUUGAUAUGCAGAACACACGCACACCAUAUUUGCAGCUCUCAAAUUUGGAGGAAGGCAUCUACACUUUCGUUUUGAAAGUGACCGAUGGUAGUGGCCAAUUCAGUACUGCUAAAGUACACGUUCUUGUGAAGGCGCAAACAAACACACCACCCGUUGCUGUGGCGGGUGGCAAUCAGACUAUAAAUUUACCUCGCAAUUGGGUUGUUCUGAAUGGCUCGGCCUCAAGUGAUGAUAUACGCAUACAAUCUUAUCAUUGGAAACAAAACUCUGGACCGAAUACAGCAGCGCUGGCAAAUAGCACAGCGGUGGCCACCAAUGCUACUUCCUUAACAUUGGGUGUGUAUGAAUUUGUUUUGGGCGUCGUUGAUGAGGACAACAAUACAGCUACCGAUAGUGUUUGGAUAAAAGUUGUACAAGAGAAAAAUGCGCCGCCUGUCGCUAAUGCCGGUGGAGACCAAAGCGUCACAUUGCCCCUUUCCGCGCUCUAUUUGAAUGGCACGUCUUCCUCGGAUGAUUUGGCUGUUGAGCGUUAUGUAUGGACGCGCGAGGAGUCUAGCUUGGCAGCGGGUCUAGUUUUGGGCGAUAGCGAUAAGCAGCCUGUUAUGAUUCUAACCAACCUCGUGCACGGUCGCUAUGUGUUCAAGUUGACGGUGUAUGACGAACAAGGCCUCUCCAGCAGUGAUGUAGUCAGUAUUAUAGUACAUCCCGAUCCGUUAUUAAUGAAUUUGGUGCAAUUAACAUUACCCAUGGGUCCAUCUGUGCUGACACAAUCCGAGUUAAAUUCGAUAGUGCAAAAGAUUGGUUUGCUUUUAGGUGAUAUGAAAAUAUUUGUGCGUGCGCUUAAAUGUGAUGGGCGACGGGCAGAUUCAACAAUUCUAGUCUUCUAUGUAAUGUCCGCCGACGCGGAUGGUCAGAGUCGCCCGGUUAGUGGUUUGACCGUUGAGCAACUACUCAAAGACAAGUUUCAGCGCGAUGCUGGCUUAUUGGGCACCGAUUUCACAGAUAUACGCACAACUGUGUGCCAGAAUAAAUGCUCGGGCCAUGGAGUUUGUAAUCCCACAACGCGUGCGUGCACGUGCGAGGCAUUCUGGAUGCCAUCCAUAACAUAUUACUGGGGCAUAGAUGAGGCCAAUUGUGAUUGGUCUAUUUUAUACGUUUUUGUUGGUGUAAUCAUCAGUUUUCUGCUGUUAUCCGGCUUAUUUUGGGGCAUUACUUGUGCCUGCAGACAAUCGAAAAAACCACCGAAAAGACCAAAGCUACAAAAAUAUUCAUUAAUUGGCAACAAUGAUGAGGAGGCACCGCAAUUUUGUCGCACAACAACGCUGAGCGACUCUGAGACAGAUUCCGAUGUGCUCUUCGAAACACGCACAAAACCAAAUGGCAUUUUACGUUCAAGCAACGCAGCGAAACAUAACAAACAUAAUAGUCAUGGACAAAAUAAAUAUGCCAUAACUAAAUUAGGUCGGAAAGUAAAGACGUAAAGACGUAAAUGAGUGUGAUAAACUUUUCCGAAAGUUGUUCCUUCUGUUAAUUUCUUUGUUCCUUUAUUUCUACACAUGUGGAUGUAACGCGUACACCCAUAACUAAGCCUAUUGGUUUUGGCGACACAUUUUAUUUGAUAAGCGAUUACUGUGUUAAAUAUACUAUAAUUUAAUGUCUAAGUUUUAUAAAGUUUAUAACAAAUUAUGCAUGAACAUUCAAUUUGUAUUGUACUCGUACUUUAUGCAAGUAUGUAUGUAUGUGUGCACAUUUCUGUAUAAGUAUGCGCAGUAAAAUCGCCAAGCACUGAAAGCAUUCCGCACAUUAAGUAUUAAUAUGUUUUGUAUUGUAAUCGUAAAUAGCUUUUGCAAGCAAAAAAAGCUGAUAUAUUUGUAUGUGUAUUGUGUACUUCUGUAUUUAUCUUUUAUUAAGGCAUUGCCACAAUUAAUUAUUUACAUUUUUAUAUUUAUUUAAGAACAAACAUGAGCUAGGACUCCAUUUGUAAACGAGUCUAUGAACAACAACAAUUAUACAAAAUAUAUCUUUAUGUAUGGAUGUACUUAUAAAGAUUAAAUAUGAAACUAUUUACUUAAAUAGUAUGAAGCCACAAA